AUGGCGACGAAUGAACUAGCGGCAAUUCUAGCGCGACGCCGGGCCAAGGCUGGUGGUGAGAGUGAACCUGCUGUUCCUGCAGUGAAGUGGAGCGCUUCCCAAACGUCAGAGGUCGUCCCAUCGCCUGCUAAAAGCUCAAUCGCAGAACGGAUUGCUCGUCUAAAGCAGCAAAGUGCUGUAGCGAGUAACGAAGGAGAUGUGGCUACUGUAUCACGUACUAAUGAUCCAGUACCAGCUCUCGAGCCGUCACCUCUUCUUCAAGCAAGUAGCAGCCGUUGUGACGCAACUGUGACAGCUACAGCGUUAGAACCCGUUGAUACAUCGGCAGUAGCUGCUGCUCAAGAUGCAGCAGGAAUUCGUCGAUCUUCUAGUAAAAUUCAACAGCUACAGGGAAGUCUUGGAAUUAAUGUAAAUCCAUUUGGACGUUCAGGUGGACCAUCAAGUGGUGGAAAUCGAAAACCUACAGGUUAUCAACGUGAAUCGAUCAUGACCACGGGAGAGGAGCAAUAUGGACACACGAAACAUGCUAUGGGUGUUUCAAUGCCUGGUAUGAUGGGAUCGGCCAUCCCAAUGCCAGGAUUGACAAAGGGAAAAUUCCGUCUUCCUGGAAUGGCUCCGGAAGGAGAGCAGAAGACUGAGACACCAAGUGCAUCACUGGACAAUUCUCAUGCGACAAUGAACCGUGUUGCGGGACCCGCGCGUCGUGGCCCGACGCGGAUGCCACCAGGAGCUUAUCGGAUCCCGACAAUGGCAGCACCAAAUAAGAACACGGUUGAGUCUUCCCAAGCGCCCGCAACUGAGCCUGAAAUUAUUGUCGCGGCGGUAGCACCUGCUGAAAACUUGGAGCCAAAAGCUCCAGCAGCUCCAGUUGCAGUAUCGUCACCGACGCCUAUGGUUGCAGACUUGUUUCCAACACCGUCUCCGGAACCUGUUCUUGGUUCAGCGUCAAAGCACGCCACUUUGUCGACUCCAACACCGACGCCUGUACCAGUCCCUAUUGCCGCAGCAACUAUGCAGCAGCUGCCGGAGCCUGAGCUUGUGCUACCGAUGAAACCUUACGAGCUUGAUGACGAUCCGUUUGCGCCAGUAUAUGACGCCCCAAUGGAGCAAGAUACUUAUGGAGCUACCGGAUUUCCUAGCGCGUUGUUGGCGAAUUUUUCCAUGGACGAGCUUGUACUCGAAGACCAGUCGAAGCCAAAAGCGGCAGCCACAUCGACAUCUGCUACAUCACACUUUGGAAGCAGCACAUCAAUAUCGUUAUCGGAGCCUUCUUCUCCUCCACUUGCCGCACAGGUGCAGACUCCUGUACCAACAACACCUGCACAAGAUGUUGCUACUCAUGCAGUAGUUCGUGAAGAGACCCCUUCUCCGAUCUUUGCACCUGCCCCAGCUCCAGUGGUAUUGACUGCGCUGAAACCAGCACUAGCGCCCGCACCUGCACCUGCUCUCGCUCCUGCUCCCGCCGCAGCUCCUACUCCCGUUCCUGUAUAUGUUCCUACGCCAACUCAAUUGGCAGAAGCUUCUACCUCCACACCGGCACCCGUAGCUGUAUCUGCCCCCACCUUUUCGACUCCAACGCCAGCGUCACCAUCCGCAUUUGUGUCUCCGACCACACCGACGCGAGUGACAGCGGCAGCAACGCCCUCUCCAGCACCGGCGUCGGGUACAUAUCUGUUCGGAGCUGCUACGUCGGCAGCCUCGGACGAUGAUAACUCGAGUGAGAGUGACUGGAGCGAUGAUGACAAUGGUGGCCAGCCGUUAUUUGGUGCGCAAAGCACUGGCUCCACGAAAGCGGAGGUGAUAGCUCCAGCUGCGACCCUUGUGACACCACCACAGUCGAGUCCAGAGGUGCAGCAGUCUCUGACGCCCAAUAGCGGCAGUCUCUUUGGCGACGUAUCCUGUGCCCCAGAACCUGCGCCUGCUGUCCCAGCCCCUGGGUUCGUGCAGGCCACACCACAGACAGCCAUCCCCGCGGCUUCUUACAGCUCGCUUUUUGGUGGGGCUGCUAGCAGCAGCAGUGAAAGCGACAGUGAAAGUGACGAUGAAGGUGGUCUUUUUGGUUGA